CGGACCAGGGAUGGAUGCCGAGGACGAUGCUCUCUUGCAAGGUGUCUGCGCCAACGAGGAUGAGGAGGUGGCUUGUGGCCCUGGCAAGAAAACCGGGGGGCCCCGCCUCUGCGGGAAAUGCCAGGGGAAUUCCAGGCCCCGAGCAACCUUCGUGACACUCCUGUCCUCCGAUUUUUGGACCGUGGUGGGCUGGAUCUUCACCAACCCUUAUUCCGCCAGCCUCAUCCUGUUCUUGGGAUGCGCUGUUCCUGCUGGGCUGGCUGUAGUGAUGUUCCUCCGCUACCCUGCUUUGGACAUUGACAUCUCGUAUAACGCCUUUGAGAUCCGGAACCACGAGUCCUCGCAGCGCUUCGACGCCCUCACCCUGGCCCUCAAGUCCCAGUUCGGCCUGUGGGGACGCAACCGCCGAGACUUGGCCGAUUUCAGCUCGGAAACCUUGCGGAGGCUGAUUUUCGAGAAGCUGCAGCACCUCCAGCGCAACGCCUCAUGGCCAGGCGGUGCAAAUCUCUCCCGGAGGUGGCGCAGGGGCGUGGGCCGGAGUCAGUCCGGCCCAUCCCAAGCGAGUUCGGCCAACCAAACCUCCCGCCUGCCCCGGAGCGCCGCACCCCGCUGGGAGUAUCCGAGUGCGGCCGUGAGCGCCAACACCCAGACUCACGCCCACUGGCGCAUCGAACUCAUCUUCCUCGCUCGGGGAGACACCGAGAAGAACAUCUUCACCUCCGAGCGCCUGGUCACGAUCCACGAGGUGGAGCGCAAAAUCAUGGACCAUCCUCACUUCCAGGAGUUUUGCUGGAAGCCUCACGAGGUCCUCAAGGACCUCCCUUUGGGGUCCUACUCCUACUGUUCCCCUCCGAGUUCCCUCAUGACCUAUUUCUUCCCCACAGAGCGGGGUGGAAAAAUCUACUAUGACGGCCUAGGACAAGACCUCGCCGACAUCCAAGGUUCUCUCGAACUGGCCAUGACCCACCCAGAGUUCUACUGGUACGUGGACGAGGCGCUCUCGGCAGAGAACAUGAAGAGCUCCCUCUUGCGCAGCGAGGUCCUCUUUGGCGCCCCCCUGCCCAGCUACUACUCCAUGGACGACCGCUGGGAGGAGCAGUGCCGCAAGUUCCAGAACUUCGUGGUCACUUACGUGGCCCUGCUGGCCAAGGAGUCCACCAGCAAAGUUCAGGUGCUCUAUGGUGGGACGGACUUGUUUGACUACGAGGUGAGGAAAACUUUCAAGAAUGAUAUGCUCCUGGCCUUCAUUAGCAGCACCUCCAUUGCGGUGUUGGUCUACCUCCUGGCUUCCUGUUCCGUCUUCCUGUCAUUUUUUGGCAUUGCUAGUAUCGGAAUCAGCUGCCUUGUGGCCCUGUUCCUUUAUCAUGUGGUCUUUGAUAUCCAGUACCUGGGAAUCCUGAACGGAGUGGCGGCGUUUGUCAUCGUGGGCAUCGGGGUGGACGACGUCUUCAUCUUCAUCAACACCUACCGACAGGCCACCCACUUGAAAGAUCUCAACCUGCGGAUGAUCCACACUAUCCAGACAGCUGGCAAGGCCACCUUCUUCACCUCCUUAACCACGGCUGCUGCGUACGCGGCCAAUAUUUUUUCUCAGAUCCCAGCUGUCCAUGACUUUGGUCUCUUCAUGUCCCUGAUCGUCUCCUGUUGCUGGGUGGGGGUCCUUUUCACCAUGCCCGCAGCCCUGGGGAUUUGGUCUCUCUACUGGUCCUCGCUGGAAAACACCUGUCAAGCCAGAUGCAGUAAAAAAUGCACAAAGGAAAGCGCUUUGCACGGCUCGGACGGCCUGUUCGUCUCCUUGGCAGUGGCUGGCAGGUCAGGGCUGGGCACCCUGCCUUACCUGGAUGACGACAUUCCCCUGCUGAAUGUGGAAGAGGAACCAGUUGCUCUGGAAAUGGGGGAUGUCCCCUUGGUAUCUGUGUUGCCUGAGAACCACCCGCUCGCUACCAGGAAUGACAGCCAGGGACACCUGAUCACUCACCUGCAGGAGCUCCUCCAGUGCUGGGUGCUGUGGUCAGCGGUCAAAAGCAAAUGGACGAUAGUCGGGGUCUUUGUCUUGGUUCUCAUCCUUUCCAUCUUCUUCGCCAGCCGCCUUCGCCCAGCUAGCCGCGCCCCCCUCCUCUUCAGGCCCGAUACCAACAUCCAGGUGUUGAUGGAUCUCAAGUACAACUUGAGUGCUGAGGGCAUCUCUUGCGUCACCUGCUCAGGCUUGUUUCAGGAAAAGCCCCGUAAUCUGCAGAACAACAUCCGCACCUCUUUGGAGAAGAAGAAACGGGGAUCAGGACCGCCAGGAAGCAGCCAGGGGAGCCCCACGGACGACAAAGCCCUGCAGGAUCCACAGGGAACGGUCUACAUCUUCAGAUCCAAGGGCAACAGCAGGCCGGUGAUCUACAGGUUUUCCCUCAACGCCACCGUGCCGGCCCCUUGGCAGACAGUGUCCGCAAAAGAUGGGGAAGUGCCGUCCUUUCAGGUGUAUAGAGUUCCUUUCGGUAACUUCACCAAGAGGCUGACAGCUUGUGUGUCCACAGUAGGGCAUGUCCAGCCAAGGGGCAGCAAGAAGUGGAUGAUGACCAGCUUGUCAUGUGACUCCAAGAGAGGAUGGACAUUGGACUUCAGCUUCUACGUGGCUGCCAAGGAGCAACAGCGCACACGGAAGCUGUAUUUUGCCCAGUCCCACAAGCCCCCGUACCACGGCCGCGUGUGCCUGGCGCCCCCGGGCUGCCUCCUCAGCUCCAGUCCGGACGGACCCAACAAAGGUUACCUGUUCGUGCCGAGCGAGAGAGUCGCUCCAAAACCCAAGUUCUCGAUCACGUCAGGAUUCAACCCCUGCCGGAACGGCAACUGCGGGAAGCCGGCCGUGCGCCCUCUGGUGGACACGGGCGCCAUGGUCUUCGUGGUGUUCGGGAUCCUCGGGGUCAACCGGACCCGGCACACCGACAACCACGUCAUUGGAGACAUGGGUAGCGUCAUCUACGACGACCACUUCGACCUCUUCAAAGAAAUAGGCAACCUGUGCCAGAUCUGCAAGGCCAUCGCCGGCAACGCCGAGCUGGUCAAGCCGGGGGGAGCCCAGUGCCUGCCUUCAGGAUACAGUAUCUCCUCUGUCCUCCAGAUGCUACACCCAGAGUGUAAGGACCUCCCCGAGCCCAACCUGCUUCCCGGACAGCUCUCCCAUGGGACGGUGGGGGUGAAGGACGGCAAGGUGCAGUGGAUCUCCAUGGCGUUCGAGUCGACCACCUACAAGGGAAAAUCGUCCUUCCAGACUUACUCCGAUUACCACAAGUGGGAAACGUUCCUCCAGGAUCAGCUCCAGCAGUUUCCUGAGGGGUCCUCGCUACGCCGGGGUUUCCAGACCUGUGAGCACUGGAAGCAGAUCUUCAUGGAAAUCAUAGGCGUGCAAAGUGCCCUUUACGGCCUCAUCCUCUCCCUGGUGAUCUGCGUGGCCGCCGUCGCACUCUUCACCACCCACUUCCUCCUCCUGCUUCCCGUCUUGCUCACCAUCUUAGGCGUCGUCUGUCUGGUGGUGACGAUCAUGUACUGGUCAGGCUGGGAGAUUGGGGCUGUGGAAGCCAUUUCUCUCUCCAUCCUCGUGGGCUCCUCGGUGGACUAUUGCGUGCAUCUGGUGGAAGGCUUCCUUCUGGCCGGGGAGGCGCUCCCCCCUCACCUGGCCGAGGACCCCAGCUCCAGCCGCCAGUGGAGGACGGUGGAGUCGGUGCGGCACGUGGGCGUGGCGGUCGUCUCCAGCGCGGUGACCACCGUCAUCGCCACCAUCCCUCUCUUCUUCUGCAUCAUCGCCCCCUUUGCCAAAUUUGGGAAGAUCGUGGCCCUCAACACGGGCCUCUCCAUAGUCUACACCCUGACUGUCAGCACGGCCCUGCUGAGCAUUAUGGGGCCGCCCUCCUUCACCCGCAGCCGGACUUCCUUCCUCAAGGCCCUGUUUGGGGUGCUGCUCGCCGGGACGGGCGGCCUCUGCCUUUACCUGGGGCUGCUAAGAAGCGGGUUCGAGAUUCCCCUCCUCAGUGGGGCAGGCCUAUAG